UUUCAAGUUCGCGAGCAACUCGUUCGCGGCGCUGCUGACGCCGAAGCAGGUGUGGCGGCUGCAGCGGCACCCGGACGUGGCGCUGGUGCGGCGCAGCGGCGUGGCGAAGCGGUUCGGCGGCAUGCCGUCGACGUCGUUCCUGGACCUGCAGCGCACCACGUGGGCGCAGGCCGGCGGCGUGGGCAGCGCGGGCGACGGCGUGGUGGUGGGGGUCAUCGACACGGGCAUCUGGCCCGAACACAAGAUGUUCCUAGAUGAUGGCUCGUUCUCGGCGCCGGGGACGUGGGCAGGGACGUGCGACGCGACGACGGAUUUCCCCGCGGCGCUGUGCACGGGGAAGCUGGUGGGCGCGCGCUCGUUCUCGAGCGGGUUCGAGGCGGAGAUCGGCGCGCGCGACUUCACUGACGACUACGACUCGCCGCGCGACUCGGACAGCCACGGCACGUGGUGUGCGGGCGCAGCAGUGGGCAACAGCGGCGUGACCCUCAUCACGCCCUUCGGCACCAACCUGGGCGCGUACAGCGGGGUGGCCCCGCGCGCCAACCUAGCCGUGUACAAGGUCUUUUGGAAGACACAGGGCAGCUCCUCCGCCAGUUUCGCGGACAUCGAGGCGGCGCUGGAUCAGGCCAUGGCUGACGGCGCUGAUGUGCUCAGCCUGUCGCUCGGCGCGCUGGACCCCUCUGCAACGUACUUUGAUGACGUUUCGUACAUGCAGGCUAACUUGCUUUACCCUCCUCCCACGCUCUGCUACUUGACGCCCCUCCACCUCACCAUCGGCGCCAGGUACCCACCGCAACUCGCCCUGCUCCAACCAACCGCCUACCCUUGCAUGGGCAAUCACUCACUCACAUUGAUGCUGGUGGACCAUGAUGACUCAGCGGCCAUGUUUGCUCUCAUCAACGCACUCACUGCCAAGAGGACUGGCAAGAAGGGCGGACGGAGAGCAACAACCCUAUCCAUCCUGGACAUAUUCAACUACAUGAAGGGCCCCAUCGUGGCCACCUUCUCCUCCACCGGUCCGCUCACGCCCAUGACGGCGCGCAACCGCGGGCCGUACCCCACCAACCACAUCCUCAAGCCAGACGUCAUCGCCCCGGGCGUCAACCUCUACUCCGCUGCCCCCGGCACGAGCCCCAACAACGCGCAGAUGCUCUCCGGCACCUCCAUGGCCACACCGCACGUAGCCGGGUUUGCCGCGCUGAUCAUCCAGGCGCAUUCACACUGGACGCCCGCGCAGGUCAUGUCGACGAUUAUGACUACAGCCAGGAUUCACAACAGCGCGGGUACGCCGAUUUUCCACGCGUCGGCGACGAGAGCGUCGCCGUGGCACCUCGGGUCGGGGCACAUCAACCCGCAGAAGGUGCUGGACCCGGGGUUGACGUACAACGCAGUGGAGGCGGAUUAUAAGAACUUUCUCGCAGGGAGGAAGAUGCGGUGGGCUAAGGCCAUGUUCCCGUCGGACUCCCUGGCUCCUCUGCGGGCGUACCAGUUGAACCGGCCGUGUAUAUCCGUGCAAGGGCUGCAGAAUACAGUGGUGAUUGUGCGGCGGGUGACCAAUGUUGCGACGAGCACGUCGACUUACCGGGCUAAAGUGAAGCAGCCGUUUGGGGUGAUGGUGAAGGUGAAGCCGAGGAAGUUCACGAUUGCGCCUGGCGCCACGCAGGUGUUUAAAGUGACGCUUACGUUGCAGCUGCCGUGGAAGCUGUUUCGGUUUGGGAGCCUGUGGUGGCUGGAUGGUAAAGGGCAUUCGGUUAGGAUCCCCAUAGCUGUGCAACCGUCGUGGAUCCGGUGA